AUGGAUCCGCUGCGUGGCGUUUUGCUGUUCGCUUUGGGGCUUCUACUGGUGAAAUCGAGCCACUUUCAGCUGGUGGAGAAGGAAUGGUGGGAAACCGCGUUGGUUUAUCAAAUCUGGCCGAGAGGAUUCCAAGAUAGCAACGGCGAUGGCGAGGGAGAUCUGAAGGGUAUAAUCAACCGUCUCGAUUAUCUGCAAGAUCUUGGAAUCGACACGAUUUGGCUAAAUCCGGUUUACUCGUCACCACUGAUUGAUUCUGGAUACGAUAUAUCUAAUUACGUUGAUAUAAAUCCUCUGUUUGGAAAUUUUGCGAAUGAAAUUUCAGAUCUGAAAGUUAUUUUGGACAUAGUACCAAAUCACUCCAGUGAUCAACACAAAUGGUUUCAAUUGUCGAGUAAAAAAAUUCCACCGUAUAAUAAUUACUACGUCUGGGCAAGUGGAUCUAGAGAUAAAAAGGGCAACAGGAUACCUCCUAAUAACUGGGUGAGCACCUACAGCAAUGAAGAGGGAUCUGCAUGGACAUGGCACAAUACAAGACAACAAUGGUAUUACCAUAAAUUUCACAAAUCCCAACCUGACCUCAAUGUGAGAAAUGAAAAUGUGUUACAAGAAUUACAGAAUGUGUUCAACUUCUGGUUGAUGAGAGAUGUUGAUGGUUUCCGAAUUAGUGCUGUGUCGUAUCUUUAUGAAGAUGAAGGUUUGAGGAACGAACCUAGUGUAGGAAAUGGAACCUAUACAUCUGGAUUACCAGAAAAUACUGCUCUUGUUUAUAAGUUUCGCUCAUACAUUGAUCAGUGGGUGAAAACAAAUAAUUCUACAUCAAAACUAUUGAUUGCUGAAGCUUAUGAUUCUGAUAAAGUGUUGAUAUCACUUUAUGGCAAUGAUACAAAUGAAGGAAUUCCACCGUUUAAUUUCCGUUUCAUUACUUCUGUUCGAAACACAAGUACUGCUGAACACGUUAAAAAUGUUCUGGAGGAUUGGUUUAAAGAACUUCCAAACAAUGCAAGCACAAACUGGGUGCUUUCCAACCAUGAUAAUUCAAGGGCAGCAUCGAGAAUCGGAUUAAAUCGCGUGGACGGCCUUCAUAUGUUAAGCCUAUUAUUACCUGGCCAAGCGUUCACUUAUUAUGGGGAAGAGAUCGCAAUGUUAGACAGAAAAAUAUCGUGGAAUGAAACAAUAGACCCCAUGGGUUAUACAAGAACAAAGGAAACAUAUGCAAAUUAUUCCAGAGACCCUGCAAGAACACCAAUUCCUCUUCAUCCAAACUAUGUAGAAAGAAACGUGGAAGCACAAAAAAAUGAGACACAGAGCAACUUAAACACGUAUAAAUUACUUGCUGUUCUUAGGAGAAACAAAGUAUUUACUCAUGGAGAGUAUGAAUUUGCUGCCUUGAACAAUGAUCGUAUAUUUAUUCUAAGAAGAUUUUUGAAAGAUAAUCCUACGUAUAUUGUCGUCGUUAACUUGGGUCUACGACAAGAGAACGUUAACUUAACAUCGUUGUACCCAAAUUUAGAAGAUUCUAUGAAAAUUAUCGUUGCUUCCAGUAAUGCAGUUCACAUUACAGAGACUAUUUCGGCGCAAGAUCUCGUGCUCACAGCGAAUGCUGCGUUCGUACUAAAGGCCAAAGAGAUUCCAUGUGAUUGCGAAACAUCUCCUACCACAAACGCAACAACCGUAUCUCCUAUAACUUCCACAACCGAAAAAAAUUCGGCUGUUGCCUCUUCGCCGAUGUUGCAUUUAAUAACAAGUACAAGCAUCGCUGUGAUAUUAUUCAAAAUGUCAGCAUUUUUAUAA